CACUCAGUCACGAGUGCGUAUGCAUCAUGACAAUCACGAAUCCUGAAUGUGAAUGGUGAAUUCAUCGCUGCCAAUCCACUUCUCCACGCCGCAUCGCAAGUCGCACAAGCCUCGCACAAUCCACGCCGUAUCAGACUCAUCGCGGGUACCGACACCUUUGAGCACACGUACCCUCUGCCACUUCACUGGAGACGCCUAGCAUCCAAUUGAAGCAUUCAUUAGCUGGACAAGCACUGCCGUAACCACGAUGUCCAACUCGAGCGCCGAGCAGCUAUUGGCCGCUGCCGAGAAGCGAGCCAACAGCUCAGGAGGAUGGUUCAGCAGCAAAGCUACAGCUCAAGAGGAAGCUGUAGAGAUGUUCAAAGCUGCAGCCAACAAGUUCAGGAUCGCCAACCGAUUCAACGAAGCGGGAGAUGCCUUCAUGAGAGCUGGUCAGGUGGAGGAGAAAUCUCAGGAUAAGGAUUUCGCUGCGAACACGUUCUUCGAAGCGAGCAAGUGCUACAAGAUGGGAAGCCCCGAGAAGGCUGUCUCGGCUUUGUCCGCAUCGAGAGAGAUUCUGCUGGGCUCGGGUCGCUUCAGGCAAGCUGCUGAUAGGGAGAAGCAGCUGGCCGAGCUGUACAAAGGCGAUGCAAGGGACCCACAACGAGCCAUUCAGUCAUACGAGAAAGCGGCUGAGUGGUACUCCCAAGAGGGCGCAGGAGCCACCGCGUCUGGCUGCUACAGGGAAAGCGCAACGUUGGCAGUGGAGAUCGGUGACUUUAAAAAGGCGCUGGAGCGAUGGGAACAGGUGGCAGCCAUGUCGUUGGAGUCCAACUUGACGCGCUACAACGUCAAAGAUUAUUACCUCAGUGCAGGCUGCUGCUAUCUGGCCAUUCCUGACUACGUUGCAUGCUCCAAUGCCAUGGGUUUCUACGCUCAACAAGACCCAUCCUUUCCCACCACCAUGGAAGGCAGGUUCUUGCACUCUUUGUUGGAGUCUUGCGAGCAGGGAGACAUUGAAGGGUUCGAUGCUAGAGUCAUGGAUUACGACAGGACAAAGAAGAUUGUUGGUCAUAUGGCUACAUUGGUUCGAGCUGUCAGAAAGGCUAUGCAGGAUGAACCUGAUUUGGCCUGAGAGCACCGGCUCUGCAUUGGAUGUAAUGGCAUAGCCAGUAUUCCCCCUCUGCGCGAUGUGGUGGCCGCGGUCCGCUUUGGCGAGACGAGGUGCCGAGAUAGAGCUGAGCAGAGGCUGUGCAGCCUCGAAGCCCGAGCAUUGGAAGUGGGGCUUGGCAGCAUUCAAGGGACGCUUGGAGUCUGCUACCACUUGCGCUUCAUCUGAUGAGAAGAAGUGAUAUGGAAUGAGUCAGCGAUGCACAAGGAGAUGCGAAGAGGAGCAAGUUCAAGAUGGCAGGCAUCAUUAGCCACCGGCGCUGGUCGGCCAGCCCACUGAGCUCCUGCAGCGGACUCUGCAGUGCACGCCUUGUUCGCUGCAUCUAUCUUCCUGCUCAGCUGCCAAGCGUGCCAUCGACUCACUUUGGUCUGCAC